GGAAGGGGAGGGAGAAUGGCGGGCCACGAUCGGCGGCGAGGGGGAGGGUGCUGUCCGGCGAUGGAUCUGAUGAGGUCGGAGGAGAUGCAGCUUGUUCAGCUGAUCAUACCCAUGGAGUCCGCUCACCGCACCGUCUCCUAUCUCGGCGACCUUGGGUUUCUCCAGUUCAAAGACCUAAAUUCAGAUAAAAGUCCUUUCCAACGAUCAUUUGCUACCCAGAUAAAAAGAUGUGGAGAGAUGGCCAGGAAGCUACGCUUCUUCAGGGAACAAAUGACAAAGGCUGGAAUAUCUCCUUCAGCAAUGCCCUUGCCACGAACUCAUGUAAAUUUUGAUGACCUUGAGAUAAAACUCGGGGAGAUUGAAGCUGAGCUGGUGGAAGUUAAUACAAAUAAUGAGAAGUUGCAACGAACUUACAAUGAGCUUUUGGAGUACAACCUUGUUCUUCAGAAGGCAGGGGAGUUCUUCUACUCAGCUCAAAGUAAUGCUACUGCUCAACAAAGAGAAAUUGAAGCACGCCAAGUUGGCGAUGGUUCCCUCAACAGUCCAUUGUUAAUGGAGCAAGAAAUGUCAACAGAUCCAUCAAAGCAAGUUAAACUUGGAUUUGUCUCUGGUCUUGUCCAGAAAGAGAAGUCUAUGGCUUUUGAAAGAAUCUUGUUCCGUGCUACCAGGGGUAAUGUUUAUCUGAGGCAAGCUGAAAUUGAUUAUCCCGUCACUGACCCAGUUUCCGGAGAGAAGGUUGCAAAAAAGGUUUUUGUGGUCUUUUUCUCGGGAGAAAAAGCAAAGAUGAAGAUUCUAAAGAUUUGUGAAGCUUUUGGAGCAAAUCGCUAUCCAUUUACAGAUGACUUUGGCAAACAAAUGCAAACGAUUGAGGAGGUUGCAGGGAGGCUCAAAGAGCUGAAGACGACUAUAGAUGUUGGAUUAUUUCAUCGUGAUAAGAUAUUGAAAAGUAUUUCGCAUCAGUUUGAGCAAUGGAAUAAUUUGGUGAGGAGGGAGAAAUCCAUCUACCACACAUUAAACAUGCUCAGUCUAGAUGUUACAAAGAAAUGCUUAGUUGCUGAAGGAUGGAGCCCUGUAUUUGCAACAGGCCAGAUUCAGGAGGCACUUAAGCGGGCAGCAACUGAUAGCAACUCCCAAGUUGGUUCUAUUUUUCAGGUUCUGCAUACAAGAGAACACCCGCCUACAUUUUUCAGGACAAACAAAUUCACUACAGCUUUUCAGGAAAUUGUUGAUGCAUAUGGUGUGGCAAAGUAUCAAGAAGCAAAUCCUGGUGUAUAUACCAUUGUUACAUUUCCUUUUCUGUUUGCGGUCAUGUUUGGCGAUUGGGGUCAUGGUUUGUGCUUGUUAGCUGCGACAUUGCUUCUCAUAAUUCGAGAGAAAAAGUUAUCUAGUCAGAAGCUCGGAGACAUCAUGGAAAUGACCUUUGGUGGUCGAUAUGUGAUCAUGAUGAUGUCGGUAUUCUCAAUUUAUACUGGACUGAUCUACAACGAGUUCUUUUCUGUCCCAUUUGAGCUUUUUGGUUCAUCUGCCUAUGCUUGUCGUGACGCUUCCUGCAGGGAUGCUACUACUGAAGGCCUAGUUAAGAUCAGGCGUACAUAUCCGUUUGGUGUUGAUCCCAAAUGGCAUGGCACACGUAGUGAAUUGCCAUUUCUUAACUCUUUAAAGAUGAAGAUGUCAAUCCUUCUUGGAGUUACACAGAUGAACCUUGGCAUUUUCCUAAGUUAUUUCAAUGCGAAGUUCUUUGAAAAUAAUAUUAAUAUUUGGUACCAAUUUGCUCCUCAACUGAUUUUCUUGAACAGUCUAUUUGGUUAUCUUUCACUCCUUAUUAUUGUCAAAUGGUGCACUGGUUCGAAAGCAGAUUUGUACCAUGUAAUGAUAUACAUGUUUCUUAGCCCAACGGAUGAUCUUGGUGAGAAUCAGCUAUUUCCUGGACAGAAGACACUUCAGCUUGUGUUACUCGCUCUGGCCCUUAUAUCUGUUCCUUGGAUGCUGUUUCCAAAGCCCUUUCUUUUGAAGAAACAACAUCAAGAAAGACACCAAGGCCAAGCCUAUGCCAUGCUACAAAGUACAGAUGAUGACUUGCUUCAAGUGGAGCAAGAUCAUGGCUCUCAUGAACAUGAAGAGUUUGAGUUUAGCGAGGUUUUUGUGCAUCAACUCAUACAUACAAUAGAAUUUGUCCUUGGAGCAGUUUCCAAUACUGCUUCAUAUCUUCGAUUGUGGGCUCUCAGUCUUGCACAUUCAGAACUGUCAAGUGUGUUCUAUGAGAAGGUCCUUCUUCUUGCAUGGGGGUUCAACAAUAUCGCUAUUCUGAUUGUUGGCAUCAUCGUCUUUGUAUUUGCCACUAUUGGUGUCUUGCUCGUGAUGGAAACACUCAGUGCAUUCCUACAUGCCCUGAGACUUCAUUGGGUGGAGUUCCAGAGCAAAUUUUAUGAGGGAGAUGGGUACAAAUUCUCUCCAUUUUCAUUCACCUUGCUUUCCCAAGAGGAAGACUAGUCAUUACAUACCUAUAUAGUACAUCACUUAUAGUAAUUUGCAAAUCAAAAGGAUAUUAUAUAUCUUAAAAUUCAUAAUCCCCCAGUUAUAAUAGAGGGAAAAUGUCUUCAGCCUGUCAUUUGGGCAGUUCAUAUAGGAAUAAUGCUGUAUUUUCUCAGUUGUUGUUGUUGUUGUUGUUGUUGUUGUUGUUGUUGUUGGACCCAGAUGUCCUCAUUCUUGAUUGCGUGGGAGAUCAUUCAAGUUCUCGUCUUCCAUUGUAAUAUUGUAAUAUUGUAAUAUUGUUUUAAAUCAGACGUGUGCUCUUGAUAAAUUAAAA